GCUGGGCUGCUCAAAGGCAAAUUUGUGUCAUGAAAGAGGAAAAAAACAGAGUUCAACUUCAGCAGAGUGGGAACAGAGAAUAUGUGGAAGAGAAAUUUUGAAGGUAGCUUCUGGGGUGGGGGCCAUGUCCGUCUGUCUGGAGUCCGUAACUCUUAUGGCCCACCAACCCUUUUGCUAUGGCUUAUUCUGUUUAGAAUGGAAUCCUUUCCGUAGAUUUGACAGUCAUUGCUGAAUUCACCACAAGAACUUACAACAUAUAUGGUCCACUCACAUUACAAACAGCUUAAUAUCAGCCACAGCCGAUAAAAUGGGAGAGCAGCGAGCAGUUUCAAAUUUUGAGAUUGAAGUUGAUCAAAUGGGAGAGAAUGAAGGGAGAGCACAUGUGCUGAUGCUGGGCCUUCCUUGGUCUGGUCAUAUAACUCCAUUGCUUCAAUGUGCAAGGCGUUUGGCAUGCAAAGGCAUUAAAGUCACUUUCGCUUUCUCACUCUCUGCAACACAAUCCAUUCGAACUGGGAAUCACUUGAUCUCUCUCUUACCCACCUACGACGAUAUCACCCAGGGCGGCCACAAAGACCCGGCCAAGCUUUUUGACUUUCUCGAAAAGUUCCAAAAUAGCACCGUGAAGAUCUUACUGGAUUUCAUUCAGAAGAGCCAGCAAGAAUCAGACGAGAAGAGAAGGACCAAGUGCUUGGUCUAUGAUUGUGAUCGUUAUUGGGCUUUGGAUAUCGCAAAGCAGAGGGGUGUUCAGAGUGUGGCAUUUCUCACUCAAACACUGGGUUCUACUGCGGCUUAUUAUAUGUUGAAUCUGAAGGUGCAUGGUAAGAAGUUGAAUGAGCCUGCUUUAGACAUACCAGAUUUCUCUGAUACUGGACUUUCAAAUGUAGUAGAUGGUCGGGGGUUGGAUGGGAUUUCCCCUUUUCUCAGAACUGUAUUAAGCAAGUUUGAUAACUUUGGCAAAGCGGAUUUGUACUGUUGCCACACUUUUGAUAAGAUGGAACACGAGGUGUUGGAAUGGAUGAAGAACAUUUGCCCCGCCAUUGCAACAGUAGGUCCAACAGUACCAUCAGCCUACCUGGACAACAGAAUGGAAGACAACAUAGACUACGGUUUCAACAACAAACUAGAUAGCAGUACAUGUCUGGAAUGGCUCAACACAAAAGAACCAAACUCGGUGGUCUAUGUUGCGUCUGGGAGUAUGGCUGCCAUAAAGUUAGAAGAGGUGAACGAAAUAGCAAAUGGCACUGAAGGACCUAGGCUGCAAUUUCCUGUGGGUGAUGAAGGAAGCUGAAAUGCCAAACCCUCCAUCAAACUUCGUAAAGGAAACACUUGAGAGAGGGAUGUUUGUGACCUGGUGCCCUCAGGUACAUGUGCUCUCUCACCCUGCGGUAGGCUGCAUAGUGACGCACUGUGGGGAAAAUUCCCUUAUGGAGGCCAUAGUGUUUGGAGUUCCAAUGGUGGCAAUACCUAGAUUCGCUGAUCAAAUACCAAAUGCACAUUUUG